GGUUGAUGUUGGGCUGUUAUCACACCGCCGUGGCAUUUUUGAUCCGAGUCGCACGGGCGCGGACAGGACUCCAGAUUGCGAGCGUAGUUGUCAGAUGCGCCUCGAGUCGACCGUCGCCGCCACGUCCAUCGACGCGGCCACCAACGCGGCCAUCGCCGCAGGCUUUUUUGUCUUCUUCGCCGGCAUGUUUCGCUUCUCGUGGAAGUACUGCCUCCAGCACAACCCCAAGUUUCCCGACUUUAGCCCUGCCGAGAAGGCCGAUUGGUGCUCGCGCAUCAAUUCGACGAUUCACGCGAUUGUCAUCGUCGCCGGCGUCGUCUACGCCAUUUGUGUCAUCGACUGGGACAAGGACUACUUGCCAAUGAGCUCGAUCCAACCCGCGUGCACCGUCUUCUCCAUUGCGAUCGGGUAUUUCCUCUUCGACCUCAUCGUCGUCAUUGCGUGGCCCGUGCCAAUGCAGUGGGUGUUUGUGAUCCACCACAUUGUCGCUGUUGUGCCCUACAUCAUCAACAACUUUGUCUCGGCGUGCACGGGGUGCCAGUUCGGCCUCCUUCUCUUUCUCCUGGUUGAGAUUGCGACGCUGCCGCUCAACGCGCGGGGCUUCAUGGAGUCCAUGGGCCGCCACGACUCGCUCUCGCACACGCGAUCCAUCUACGCCACGUACGUGACGUGGGCCGUGACGCGCACGCUCUUGCCCGUCUACCUUCUCUACGUCUUCUGGUCCUUCUCGUAUCCGGCCGACAAGGACGACAAUGUGUGCUUCUACCCCAACCUGAUCUGCGCGCACAUCAUUGCGGCCUUCUGCGUCGGUGUUUUCUGCUUUGUGCACACGCCCGAGAUCAUGCACCGAUGGAAAGCCGUGGUCGAGAACGCGGCGCUCCCGCACGACGCGAGCGACCCCGUUGUCGCGCCCCACCCGACCAAGCACUACUGUAAAGCCAACGUCGUCAACGACAACUACACGGCCCACUGCGACGAAGCAUGAUCUUCGAAGACGACACGACAUUAUGUACACUACCCGAAAUACUACAACGACACGCGAUCUACUACGUAACCUAAAUACAACGUGCUUCCUGCUGC